AUGCCAAUGGAGACAAGAGACGGCGGCUCGAGGCUGGAGCCAGCAUCGCUGCCGUGCUCCUAUGUGCCGUUGCCGGACGAUGCUGAGGCCGCCGUGGUUGGGCGCGGUCGCCGGACCGGGCCUCUGUUGGCAGCGCUGCUGCUGGCAUUGGCCGCGGUGCUACUCGCCGUGGCUACGCUGGCUGGCGUCAUACUCGUUGGGCAGCUGCCCGCCACGGGCGUCGUCAUGCCCAACCAACCCGCAACGGUUGACGAGGCGAUGAGCACCACCAGCAGCAGCAGAGGGCCUGAGUCAGGUGUGUCGGAGAAGACGUCCGGCAUCCCUGCCGAGCAUGGCGGCAUGCUGGGGGCGGACGCCGCCGGCAGCAACGCGUUCCCGUGGAGCAAUGCGAUGCUCCAAUGGCAACGCACCGGCUUCCACUUCCAGCCCGAGAAAAACUGGAUGAACGACCCAAACGGUCCCGUAUACUAUAAGGGGUGGUACCACCUCUUCUACCAGUACAACCCAGACGGCGCUAUCUGGGGCAACAAGAUCGCGUGGGGACACGCCGUGUCCAGGGACCUGCUCCGGUGGCGCCACCUUCCUGUGGCCAUGUUCCCCGACCAAUGGUAUGAUAUCAACGGCGCCUGGUCGGGCUCUGCAACCGUGCUCCCUGACGGCCGCAUUGUCAUGCUCUACACCGGCUCGACCAAUGCCUCCAUGCAGGUCCAGUGCCUCGCCUUCCCCUCCGACCCCUCUGACCCGCUGCUCACAAACUGGACCAAGUAUGAGGGCAACCCGGUGCUGUACCCGCCGCCGCAUAUCGGGGAGAAGGACUUCCGGGACCCAACCACAGCGUGGUAUGAUGGCUCCGAUGGAAUGUGGCGGAUUGUCAUCGGGUCCAAGGAUGACCGCCACGCCGGCAUGGCCUUGACCUACAAGACCAAGAACUUCAUUGAUUUUGAGCUCAUACCCGGAGUGCUGCAUCGGGUGCCGGCAACAGGGAUGUGGGAGUGCAUCGACUUGUACCCUGUCGGCGCCGCAAGGGGCAUCGACAUGACGGAGGCCGUCGCGGCGGCAUCCAACAACGGCGGUGGUGAAGUUUUGCAUGUCAUGAAGGAGAGCUCAGACGACGACCGACAUGACUACUACGCGCUAGGGAGGUACGUUGCAGCGACAAACAAGUGGACGCCGCUAGAUGCCGAUGCUGAUGUCGGCAUCGGGCUGAGGUACGAUUGGGGAAAGUUCUACGCAUCCAAGACCUUCUAUGACCCGGCCAAGAAGAGGCGUGUGUUGUGGGGGUGGGUCGGCGAGACCGACUCCGAGCGUGCCGAUGUGGCCAAGGGAUGGGCCUCCCUACAGUCGAUCCCUCGCACGGUGGUGUUGGACACCAAGACUGGCAGCAACCUCAUCCAGUGGCCAGUGGUGGAGGUGGAGACACUCCGUACCAACUCCACCAACCUCGGCAGCAUCACCGUCGACCAUGGUUCUGUCUUCCCUCUCAGCCUCCACCGUGCCACACAGCUCGACAUCGAGGCUUCCUUCCGCCUCGACCCACUCGAUGUCGUCGCCGCCAAGGAGGCUGAUGUCGGCUACAACUGCAGCACCAGCGGUGGCGCGGCCGGUCGUGGCGCGCUUGGCCCAUUUGGCCUGCUCGUACUUGCCGACGCCAAGCGCCAUGGUGGAGACACGGAGCAGACCGCCGUCUACUUCUACGUCGCCAGAGGCCUUGACGGCAGCCUACGCACGCACUUCUGCCAUGAUGAGUCACGGUCAUCGCGUGCCAACGACAUUGUGAAGAGGGUUGUCGGUAACGUCGUGCCGGUGCUUGAUGGUGAGGCGCUAUCCAUCAGAGUACUGGUGGACCACUCCAUUGUCGAGAGCUUUGCACAGGGCGGGAGGUCGACAGUGACUUCGCGAGUGUACCCAACCGAGGCCAUCUACGCCAACGCCGGGGUGUACCUCUUCAACAAUGCCACCGGUGCCCGAGUCACCGCCACUAGCCUCGCGAUACAUGAGAUGGACACCUCCUACAAUCAGGCCUACAUGGCUUCGCUGUAAAAAGAAACGGACAGAUUAUUUUUUGGUUGCAUAUAUAUGUGUAUUCUCUUUCUAAAUUUUUCUUUUUCAUCUUUAUUAUGUCUAUUCAUUGUCGAGGCCUUUCAGUAGCUGUAACCCUAGUGGAAGAUGCCAUGACACAAGGCUAGAGCUGUACAUGUACAACGUCAGUCCAAGUUGCUCAGAAAUUUUUUGCUUUCAAAUUUUAAGUUGGUAUA